CAAGAUCAGGUGUAAAUUGCACCUGCAGGAGACUUCAGCCUAAAGGAGGAGGAGACUGUGUUCAGUGGACGUGUGAUAUGAGCAGAUUAUGAGACUGAGACGAGGCACAUCACACCAUCACGUUUGGAAAAUGCUCCAGCCUGAAGAAACAGUUUAUGUGCCUGCCACUAAACCUGACCCUGUACAUGUCACUCACAACAUCGACCCCGCGUAUGACCUCAUGUACGACCCCGUGUACAACCCCAUGUACAAACCAGUGUACAACCACGUGUACGACCCCAUGUAUUACCCUGUGUACGACUCCGUGUACUACCCUGUGUACGACCCUGUGUACAACCUUGUGUAUGACCCCGUGUACGAGCUGGUUUACUGCCAAGAGUACUACGACCUGCCACCUGACGUCUACCCCAACUCCCCAACGGUGGAGACUGUUGAAGAAGAACAACUGGAGUCUGUGUCUCCACCUGAGACUCUGUCGCCACCCCAACAUGUGACUCUACCCAAAGCUGUAUUUCUGCCUGAACCUGUGUCUCCACCCGCACCUGCAUCUCCCACUGAACCUGUGUCUCCCACAAAGCCUGUGUCUCAACCCGAGCCUGUGUCUCCACCUGUGACUUUGUCUCAAACCGAGCCUGUGUCUCCUCCUGAGACUUUGUCUCCACCUGAGCCUGAACCUCAACUGGCAUUGGAUCUGUGUCCUGUCCAGACAAAUAACAUUGCGUUCAUGGACUCUUCAAGUUCGGGAAUAUGAGCAGAACAAAGUUUUUGAUGUUAAAAGGAUAUGGAUUCAUCACAUAUUCCUCUGAAGCUGAAGCCUACACAGCUAUCAGGGAGAUGAAUGGGAAGAUUGUGGGAAGGAAGCAGCUGAUUAUUACUCUGUCUAAAACAAAAUAGGAGCUAGCAGAGCAGAAGAUCAGGAAUGGCUGUAAAAGAAGGAGGAGUUAAAUUGAAGGCUCAAAGAGGGUCUGUUCAUUUGUAUAAGGAACCCUAAUAAAUACUUACAAAUGUUGCACAAAUGGUCUCACU